AUGGCGGACAGGAGUGUCCAAAUUGUUGCCACUGCCGCGGCAUUCCUCCUCCUAGCGUGGCUUGCCGUGGGUCUUCGAGUGUAUUGCCGGAAGGCUUUGGUGCGGUCAUUUGGUGUUGACGAUAAGAUCAUGGUGUUGCUCUUGAUCAUUUUCACUGGGUAUCUCGUGUUGCAAAUAUACGGGGCCACGCAUGGAAUCGGGCGCAUCGACACCGCGAUCACCGCCGGAGACAAGAGGACCAUGCUGCUGUUAUGGUGGAUCCUCGAGCUACUCAACGUCAUAUCCACAUGUCUCCUCAAAAUUUCCGUUGGCUACUUCCUCCUUCGAGUCGCACUCGAUCGACCGCACAUAUGGAUCAUUCGGACUCUCAUGGCUGGGACUGUUGUAUUCGGACUGACAUACCUCUUCAUGGUUGCUUUUCAGUGUAGGCCAGUGCCGACAUACUGGGAAGAAGGGCCAAGAACGCCGGAGAAAUGCUGGCCGUCGCGGGUCAUCUACAUCAUGACAAUUACCGCCACGGUCAUCAACACGAGCGCGGACUUUAUCUUCGGUGCUCUCCCGUGGUUCAUUGUCAGAUCCAUGAACCUGCCUAUUGGGACAAAGAUUGUGGUGGUCUGCAUCUUGGGACUAGCCGCUGUAGGAAGUACAGCCACGAUUGUCAGAGCCUUCUAUAUCCCGACUUUGCUGGAUGGAGAGAAUUUCCUUUCGAAUUUUGCAAUAUGGAGCACAGUAGAACCAGGCAUCGGCAUCGUGGCAGCAUCGAUAGCCACCCUGAGGCCUCUGUAUCAACUGGUUCUCACCAAGAUGGGUCGGUCGACUGUCUACCGCCAACAAAAAGGCUGGUUGGAGAGACAGCAAGCAAGAAGAAACGAAACGAGCCGCAUGGUGCGGCAGGCACACAAUCUCGACCCUGAGAAUGCGCCAGCCGACUCAAAUAUCACCUCGCCGCAAGGGAUUCUCGAGGUCAACCCACCUUUUCAUCAGGCCAGCAAACAGACACAGUCAACUCUCAAGACAAGCUCAUCCGAGGCUGCGGCUCCUCGAACGAGAAAGAGCUUGCUGGACGUGGAUGUCCCGACAGCGAGCUUGAGACUCAGUGCAGACUUUCGACGGACGAUGGACCGGCCUCCUGAGGAGUGGCAACGAUGA